GAGUUAGACGAAUAAAAAAUGGCUAACCGGAAGUAGGCUGAAUACUUAUUUUUCAUGAAAAGAUGCAAAUUUCGCUCAGUUUCGUUGAGUUUUGUCUGUUAGACAAACCAACAUUUUAAAUAAUGUUGAAAUUAUGGAACUAAACAGACAAGAGAGCCAGGAUGAUGUGACACGAUUUUGGCGUGAAGAACGGGAAGAAGGCGCCAUCUAUCUUGCCUACUUGAAGAAAGUCACAUAUCAUACUCUCUCAGAGAAUGAGCACAAGGGGAGUAAUGAGUUUUCGCACCUCAUGUGGGAGACACAGAAAUUCCGUGUCAUCAAAGCAGGUACCCUUGAAAAACUGGUGGAAUACCUGUACAUCAAGGGAGAGAUGGACUCGACAUACACAAACGUCUUCCUAGCCACCUACAGAACAUUCAGUACUACAGAGGAAGUGAUUGACAUACUUGUUGAACGAUACAUCAACAUCAAAGCCAACAAGGAAACAAAAAAUGAACUUCAAGAUAUUCAGCUGAAAACUAUCAAGUCUGUACUGUCCGUGUGGAUAGAUACCUACCCAGAAGAUUUUCGAGACCCACCGACCUAUCCCUGCCUUAAUAAACUGGAGAAAUUUGCUCGACAACAUAUACCAGAAUCAGACCUCUGCAUACGGGUGAAACAUAAAAUUGACAAAUUUAAAAAGGAAGACAAUAACAAAUCUGAUUCGAGUAUCGAGUUUCAUUUUAACCUUGUUGAGGAGGUUGAUCACCUUAUUGUGGCGGAGUACCACAAACCAUUGAAUUUCUGUGAUAUACCAAACCAAACUGUGGCUGAACAACUCACCUUCAGGGAUGCUGAGUUAUUUAAGCGAGUUGUGCCACACCAGUGUUUGGGAGCAGUAUGGGCGCGGAGAGCCCGGAAACAAGGCAAGGGCGGUACUGUGGCGGGUAGUGUCCUAGCAACCAUAGACCAGUUUAACAGAGUCUCACUGAGGGUGAUAGCAACUAUACUGAAGAAUGCAGAUCUCAAAACUUCCCAGCGAGUAAAAAUACUGCAGAAAUGGAUAGAAAUUGCUCAGGAAAUGCGACAUUUGAAGAAUUUUUCGUCAUUAAAGGCCAUUAUUUCGGGUCUGCAGACCAACUCUGUGUAUAGAUUACGGAAAACAUGGGGAGCUUUACCGAAAGAGAGUUUGGCUGUGUUUGAAGAACUGUCUGAGAUAUUCUCCAAUGAAAACAAUCAGCUUGCUUCCAGGAAUCUCCUUAUGAAGGAAGCCACGGCAAAGUUUCCAGACGUCGACUCUGCAAAUAAAACUCUGCAACGAAGAAAUCGUAUGAAACGUCAGUCUUGGAUAGAUAAUGUAAGUAUGCAAUAG